AUGGGUUUUUCACAUAUUUUAUUCUACUUAACAUAUGCGUCUUCAACUAUCGUUUCUCUUCAUAUUAAUCUCGAUUUAGUAAAUUUAAACAGAAGUACCGAUACGACACAACAUAAUUGUCUUUAUGUUACUGUCCCAAGCAAAGGAAAUACAGAUUUUUACGAAGUAAUUCCAUACUGUAUGCAUGAAUGGCAUGACGAAGAAUAUGAUUACGAGCAAAUCUUUACGUUUGCUGAUCUUUACACACAGCGUAUCACCAGUAAUGAUCUGUAUCAUUGGUCUGCGCCUGUUGAUGUCAUCGAAGAAUAUCAAUGGUAUUUGAAUAGACUUGAUAUGUUCGGCGAUGCAUCGUUAGCAACAAGAAAAUAUUAUAACUGUACAUUACCGCAAUUCGGUCGAAUGUGUCAAUACUCGUUUCUGAACUUUCAAAGUUCUUUUUCGUCAUUAAAUGAAAUUCUUGAUGAUUUUUACACAGAUAAAAGCUAUAUGCAACUCGGCAUCAUAUGUUACACUGGUCUUCAAUGUAAAAUUGGCUCGGUUUCAUUUUGCCUUGACUGGGAUCAUAUUUGUGAUAAAAUAAAUCAAUGUUCCGAUGGAAGUGAUGAACUAAAUUGUUGGCAACUCGAAGUGCACAGGUGUAAAACGGAUGAAUUUCAAUGCCAAGAUGGAUCGUGCAUUCCAUUGGAAUUUUUCAAUGAUGAUCCUCAUGUUCCUGAUUGUCUCGAUGCUUCAGACGAACGAAACUUCGGAGGCGCAUUUUAUUACGAAACGAUGUUGCCACCAUCAUUUGCAUAUGAAGAUGUCGUGUGUAAAGUAAAGGUUUUUGAAUAUCUCGUAUUAUCUUCCAGAUCCUGUGUAAGACUCAUGAUAGGUAAAUCAGUAGAAUAUAUUUUCUCUGAGAAAGAACCUUCAAUGCCGGAUAUUUGCUGGUCCGCACUCAAAUGUCAACUUCGUUUGCCAGAUGGAGAUCCACGUUGUGCUAAUAUAUGUAUGCGCAGUGAAUCUUGCAAAUUACUAAUAGAAGAACAUUGUCCAAAUCGAUUCUUUAUGCCUGCAAUCCCGAUUCAUUCUGGUCAUAUUUAUUUAGCUUAUGAAAAAGCAAACAUCGAUUAUUCAUUAACAAUGAAGAAUGCGCCUGAUUAUAUCUGUUAUGAUGAACAUCUCUGCGGAGAAAUUCCAGUUCUCGGCGAUUCAUUCAUCUUCAAUAAUGUGACAUGCCGUAGUCCGAGAGAUCUUUACAUCAAAUUUCCGACACGACCGCAGCAACUACCAUGGAAUCAAGCGUAUCCUUAUCCCGUAUCCAGAGUUCUUGGAAAAUGUCAAACCAUAUUUGUAAAUGAAUCGAUCUCGUGUGACAGCAAAUCUGUAUACCAAUGUCAGAGCUCAAGAAAAUGUAUCCCGAUCAUGCGUCGUUACAAUGGUAAACGAGAUUGUGAAUACGGCGAUGAUGAAUAUCCCAUUUUGAAUAAUGUUACCAGAUGCCCUAUGGAUUUAUCCGAUGUACUUUUUUAUUGUGCAAUGGACCGCAAGUGUAUUCAUCGAACUAAGGUCAGUGAUGGUCAAUGUGACUGCACACAGGAUCAUAACGGAUUUUGUGAUGAUGAGCAUCUCGGUGAAAGUUAUCAUAUUGCUCGACAUAUAUCGUUUCCAGCAAUUUGUGAUGGUUUUACCGAAUUACGGCUCAUAUCGACCGACGGAGAACGAAAUGACAAUGAUGAAACCGAAUGCGAACAGUGGACGUGUAACAAUAUCUAUACCCGUUGCAAUAAUAUUUGGAAUUGUCCAAACGGAGCUGACGAAGUUGGUUGCUAUUCGUCAUUGCCGUUGAAUUGUUCGGUCGACCAGCAAAUUUGUCUAUCAUCAAAUUCAAAUUUGCCUAUAUGUAUGACUUCUGAUAAAAUCAAUAACGGUCAAGUUGACUGUCUUUGGGGAAUCGACGAACCGGUAUUAUGUCGAACGCAGGAGUUUUUGGUUGACAAGAUGGACUUUUAUUGUAAGAAAUUGAUUGAUACACGAUGUGUCUUCGAGCGAUAUGUUUGUAAUGAAAAUGAACAUUGUGCGCAUGGAAAUCUGAUACGGUUUUGUAACCAUACUCGAAAUCUUAGCCUGGGUAAAUCGAUUUGUGUUGACGAUUACCAUGCAAUUCGUUCAGAUAGUGAACAGUACUUGUGCAAAGUAGUUCACCGUUCACGGCAAUCACGGCGCAUUCACUUUGCUCUUGAUCAAAUAAAGUCAUCAACUGUGAAAUCUGACGGCAAUACAAUGUUACGACAGACGACAAAAGAUUCUCGACAACCACUGCAUUGCUUUCGAGGUUUUCCGUUACGAGUUCGGCCAGGUGACAAAACUAAUGCGACCAAACUGACCUGUCUUUGUCCAUCAAGUUACCACGGUAAUCAAUGUCAAUACCAAUCUCAACGAGUGAGUUUAACCAUCAGAUUUCAAGCAUAUUCCGAUUCGUGGAAAAUUCCAUUUUUAAUCAUUGUUACACUUAUCGAUCAUACUUUUCAACGAACGAUCCAUUCGCAUCAUCAACUCACAUUCGUAUACACACAAGAUUGCAAGAGAAAAUUUCAUAUGUAUUUAACUUACUUAACUCAACCGAAAAAUGAAACGAAUAAAUAUUCGAUACACAUUGACAUCUUUGAGAAAAUCUCGUUGUUCUAUCGUGGAAGUCUAUUAAUACUUUUACCAUUUUCAUUCUUGCCUAUCGAACGUGUUGCUACUCAACUGCAUAUUCCCUACCAAAACGACCAGACCAUGUUUUGCUUUGAUUCUCAGUGUGUCCAUGGUCAAUGCGUGCGUUAUUUUAAUGACCCAGAUGAUUCAACAUUUUGUCAAUGUAAUGUCGGAUGGUCGGGUCGGUAUUGUACCAUCGAAUACGAUUCAACUUGCUCAUCCAAAGCAUCAGAUAUUGGUCUUCUAGCGAAUAAACGUUCGUUAUGCGUUUGCCCGCUCAACAAAUGGGGCCCACGUUGUUUACUUGACGAUUAUACAUGCCAGCAAAAUCGAACAUGUGAAAAUAAUGGUCAAUGUAUCCCUAAAAAUGAACAUUCGCUAUCGACACGAAUAUUUACAUGUAUUUGUGCAGACGGCUUCCUAGGUGAAACGUGUGAGAUAUCUCAAAGUAAACUUAGUCUAACAUUCCAUAAUGAUAUUCAAUUGCCACAAUCCAUGAUCGUACAUUUCAUUCAAAUAGUAAACCAUUCGGAACCAGAAAUUGGCACUACUUUCAAAGCGAUUCCUCUCGAUCGACAGUCGGUCGUUGUCUAUUGGAAUCGCCCAUAUCAUAUCGCGUUCGUGGAAUUAUUUACCAAUAACUAUUAUCUGAUUACUGUACGAUUGACACCGAACAGUUCAUCGACGUUAGAAAAAACUCUAACACCAUCCGAUCGUUGUAUUCAUAUCAAAGAAUAUUUCAAUGAAACAUUCUCUCAACUACAUCUGAUUCGUCGUAUAAAACAUUACCAUCUACCAUGCCAACAACACGCACGAAACAUCUCGUGUUUUUAUGAUGAUUAUCAUUUUUGUUUAUGCAAUGAUUUUCAAAAUCAACGUCUGGCUAAUUGCAUGGAUUUUAAUCAUACGCUCAAACGUGAUUGCCGUGGCCGAAGCACAUGUCAAAAUGGUGGACAAUGUUUAGAAGAUAGUAUCACUUGUCCUCAAGUAGCCAUGUGCAUCUGUGCGACUUGUUUCUUUGGCACACAUUGCCAAUUUAGUACCAGCGGUUUUAGUCUUUCACUUGAUGGUAUUCUAGGUUAUCAUAUCCGAUCACAUGUCAAUAUAGUGCAACAGCCAGCAAUUGUAAAGUUUAGUAUUGGUUUCGCUCUGGUUUUAGCUAUUUCUGGCUUGGUCAACAGUAUUCUUACGAUGAUAACGUUUUCGAAGAAAUGUGAACGCGAUAUCGGCUGUGGAAGUUAUCUCUUAGCGUCAUCGAUCGUAACAUUUUUCAUCAUGAUAAUCUUUUCAUUGAAAUUUUGGAUUCUUUUGGAUGCACAAAUGACUUCCAAAACCAAUCGAACUUAUCUCGAACUGCAAUGUCGAACAUUGGAUUUUCUCGUUCGAACUGGUCUCAACAUGGAUCAAUGGUUAAAUGCAUGUGUAUCGAUCGAGCGCGUUUUUAUGGCAAUCAAGGGUGUAAGUUUUAACAAACAAAAAAGUAAACAGGCGGCAAAGUAUCUUAUUCUUGUCCUAUUAAUUGUAAACAUCGGCACGCAUAUCCAAGAACCAAUCUAUCGUCGUUUACUUGAUGAAGAUACGAACGAUGAGAAGCGACUUUGGUGUAUCGUGACUUAUUCGUCUGCAAUUGAGAAAUUUAACCUCGGUGUUCAUAUAUUUCAUUUUGGUUCACCAUUUCUUAUCAAUCUUAUGGCAGCCAUUGUUAUUAUCUACACAACAGCGCGUUUGAAAACGUCAACUCAAGUAGAUGGAAGUUAUCGAACAGUUUUGCGCAAACAAUUUCAGCAGCAUAAAAACCUAUUGAUUGCGCCAUGUAUUUUAAUUCUUCUCGCUUUACCACGUCUAAUUAUAUCACUUGUUUCGGGCUGUAUGAAAUCUGCUCGAGACUCUUGGCUAUUUCUUAUUGGAUAUUUUAUCUCAUUCAUACCAUCACUACUUACAUUCGCUAUAUUUGUCGCACCAUCGAAAGUGUAUAAAGAGAAAUUUAACAAAACAGUCAAGGCUUAUGAGAGAACGAUACGCUCACGUUUGGGUCUACAAAAAUAA